AUGAUGGAAAUGCGUGGAAGACGGCUGCGUUUGACGCUGGCUUUUACUGGUGCGACUGCAUGGAUUCUGCAAGGAUACGACCAGGCACUCAUGAACGGUCUUCUCACGCUGCCCUCGUUCUACAAUCAAUUCCCGUCCAUCAACACAUCUACGCCGGAGCUGGAUGACAAGAAUGCAACACUGCAAGGAACCACUGUGGCAUUAUACGAAGUCGGCGCAGCCUUUGGCGCGCUCGCCUGUUUCUUCUUCGGUGAACGAUACGGCAGGAAAUGGACAACUUUUGGAGCAGCUAUAACUGUCCUGAUCGGAGUCAUUAUUCAAGCUACAAGCUUCCAAUUGGCGCAGUUGAUUGUAGCGAGAAUUGUCACUGGUCUCGGCGUGGGAGCCUUCACAGCAACGAUCCCAACAUGGGUUGGUGAGAGUUCUGAAGCACAUCAGCGAGGUCUGUUGAUUACGCUCGAAGCCGGAGCAGCCAUUUUCGGAGUCAUGUUCGUCGGCUGGAUCGAAUUCGGCUUCUACUUCAUCCGCCAAAACCAAGUCUCCUGGCGCUUCCCCAUCGCCUUCCAAGCGGUCUUCGCCCUCAUCGUCAUGACCAUGGUGCCCUUCCUCGAAGAAUCCCCGCGCUGGCUCCUCUCCAAAGACCGCACGCAAGAAGCCGCCCUGGUCCUCUCCAAACUCGAAAACGAACCCGCCGACUCGGAGCUCAUCGCCGCCCGCGUGCGCGUAAUCCGCAAUAGCAUUGACCUCGACUCCCAAGGCCACUCCGGGAACCCCUUCGCGCGGACCCCGAACGGCCACCUCACCCGCACGCUCAUCGCCAUCGUCCUCAACAUCCUCGCGCAGAUGAGCGGCGUGAAUGUCAUCACUUUCUACUCCAACACCAUCUUCCAGCAGGACCUGCACUACAGCGCCAUCACCUCGCGCAUCAUCUCCGCGUGUCUGCAAACCUGGCAAUUCCUCAUGGCGACGUCGUCCAUCUUCCUCAUCGACCGCUUCGGCCGGAGGAAACUCCUCAUGGCGGGCGCGUUCUUCAUGUGCGUCGCCAAUGCCGGGCUGGCUGGGUUGCAAGCUUACCCGGAGAACCGCACGGCCGCGGGGUGUUCGUUGAUUUUCUACUUCAUGGCGCUGGCGGCCUUCCCGAUUGGAUUGUUCCUCAUUCCCUUCCUCUACAGCUCCGAAAUCGCGCCGUUGAGGAUCAGGACGAAAGUCACCGCCAUGGCAGGAUGCAGCAAUUGGCUCUUCAACUUCCUCGUCGCAGAAAUAACCCCCACAGCCUUCAAAUCCAUCGGCUGGAAAUACUACCUCGUCUACGUCUGCACGAACCUCUGCACGGUGGUUUUCGUCUACCUCUUACUCCCCGAGACCCGCGACCGCACGCUCGAGGACAUUGAUGGGUUCUUCUUGGGGGCGAAGAACGCGCUGCAGCCGGUGAAGGUGGCGAAGCGCAUGCCGGAGGGGUUUGCGGAGGAGUUUGAUUUGAAGGAGAAGGUGGAUCCGGGGAGGGGAGAGAUGGUGGAGGAUAAGGAUUUGGAGGGGGAGGGGGCGUGA